AAAGAUGAGAAACAAAGUUUAGAGACAAGAAAACGAGAGUUUGAAUCGAAAGUAAUUGUAUUGCAAAAUGAGUUGGAUUUGGAGCGCAAGAGGAAUGUGGCCAACAGUGGGUUAGAGCAGACAAUUAGUGAACUUCACCAUCAAUUGGAUGAGAAGACCACUGAGAUUAUAGAUAUAAGCGAUAGGUUUGAGAGCGCAAAGCAAGGCAUCAAAAAUUUCGAUGAAUUGUUUGCUGAAAAACAGGAACUCAUAUCUCGUGUCGAGUCCUUAGAAAAAGAGAAUUUACUUCUUAAAGAAGACGUUCAGAAAUAUAGCGAAACAUUAGAAACACAAUUGUCUGAAAUAGAAAACUAUAAAAUAAAGGGUUCGGAACUGACGGCACAUAUCAAUAGUUUGGAGACUCAGUUGAGGACAACGAAUGAAACGUUUAAUAAAAGUGUGAAGAGUUUAGAAACUAAAGUGAAUGAAAUGCGUUCACAAAUCACUGGUUUGGAGAGUGAGCUCAACGCCAAAGACGAGAAGUUUGAAGAAUACAAACACAGAGUUUGUAAAGUUCUUAAACAACACAACGAUUCCCAAAAUAAUGAGCGAAACUCAAAGCAAAUGUCGGACUUGGAGUCAACUAUAGAUCAUUUAAAUUUAGAAUUAAAUUCUUUGAAGUAA